AAAACACACACACACAAUAACAGCAGUCUGCAGGCCAGACAAAAGAAGAUUAUUUAAAACAUGUCAGUUUUACUCUUCAACAGAAGAGUUAGAACUAUGUUUUUGUUGCUGCAGUCAUUGAUUGAUUAAUUAAUUUUUAUUUUUUAGUUGAGAAUCAGAGAAUGUCAGGUGAAAUACUGUGCAUAUGUAUCAUACUUUUCCAGGGAAAUGAAGAGAGUAAAUAGUUAUAUUUACUCUCUUCAUGAACUAGUUAUGUACUUUAAUCUUUUGUUACAUCUUGGUCCUUUGAUAUGUACUCAUGUCAUUCUGUCAGAAUAGAAACCUUUUCUCUCUGAAUUAUUAAAACGUAAGAAUUUGUGCUCAUGCAGAGUUAAAACAGAUCACUGGCCUAGGUAUGCAUUAAGGCAACAAUGGAGACCACAGACCACGCCACAGAGGGAGACCCCCUAAAGAGGGGAGAGGAUGGGUUGGAGACUGUGGCAGCACCAUCAGGAGCAGAGCAGAAGAUGAAGAAGAAAAAGAGUUGUAAAGAGAUCUUGGCUUUUGUCAGAGCGAACCACUGGAGGACUGCAGUCUUCUUCUUUUCGCUGUUCCUCUGCCUCACCAUAGUGUUUGCCUUCUCCUUCAUCCUGCCUUGUCCUGUUCGACCACAGUACCUAAUCUCCUGGAACAGGAGCUUCUCCCAUGCAGAAACCUAUGACUUUUUAGCUGUUGAAUCUGCAAGUGAAGACCAGGUGAUGGAUGUCACAUUUGUUGUCAAAAUGAGUGAAUCCUCUAAAAACUGCACUGAUGAAGGUCUGCCUUCACCUUGUCUGUUUGUGAUUGCGGUGGAUGGGACAGAUGGCGAGACAUUGUGGGAGCGUCCACUGCGGCCUGAGUUCCACUGGGCUCAGUGUGGUCUGCAGACCUCAGAAUCCAGCAGAACCUGGGACUGUCUGCUCUCACAUUCUGACCAAAUCUCUGCUCUUGACAAAAAAACUGGUGAAAUCAAGUGGCAGUGUCCACAUCCUCCCGGUUUUCGGAGCGUUCGGCCUGUUCUCAGCACCCCAGACCUGGACGGAGAUGCAGUCGGGGAUGUUGCUCUGGUCAGAACGAACAAUGCAACGACUCAGCUGGUGUUCCUCUCAGGGAAGAAUGGCAUCCAGAUCGGUUCCAGUGUGUCACUCAGUACCUCAGGGACACAGAAACAUCUCCUUCAACGCACUCCAAAAAGUUCUCGUUAUGUGGUGCUCCAACAAGACACUGGCUUGUAUGGACUGGCGCUGAGGAGGAUUGCUGCCAAGGCCAAAGCAGGGAUGGAGAAAGUCCUCAGGCAAGAUGAUCGCUGGGAGAAAAACGCCAACCCCACAUCUGGACUCAUUCCCAUCUACAAGUCUGACUCUGUAAGACAGCUGCUGAGGACAAAAGAAAAAGACGAUCAGUCCAACCUGCUGCUUGUGACUGAGAAUCAUGUGGUGUUAAUUGAUGGGAAAACUCUGCAGCUCUUGUGGAAAUACAAUACCACCACAGUCCUCAGUGAACCUUACUUUGGUCACUUCAACAAAGACGGUUUACUGGACGUGGUGAUCGAGGAGGACGUUGGCAACAACAACAAAAGGAUAGUAAUUAUUGAUGGGAAAUCCGGCCUGUUGCUGUGGGAAUACACACUUUUGGCUGCAUCGAACUCUCCCCGUCCUGCCACCAUUCACACCUCCAACUUUGUCUCAAUCUUUGUUUUCUGGGGAACAGAGAUCCCAGCGGCUGCCACCACUAUUCCUGCAAUCAGUCAACGACAUUCCUUCAUGCUGCACCCAGUGUAUCCUCAGGUUCUUCUGAAGUCUACAAAUGUCGUGGACCACAUUGUAGCAUUUACAGCCACUCUGCUGGAGCGGGGGCGCCACGCUGCCUACUUCCUGCUAACAGGACCUGCGACGGAAGGCGUACAAGGCACCGUGAUCCUCAGGAAACGUAAGCUGAAGCAGGAUGUUCCCCAAAGCAAGGUGCUCAGUGUCGGUGGUGUGAGACCCUCAGAGGAGGAUGAGGACAUCAAAGAGGCCUUUAAUCGACUGCGAUUCAGCGACAAUUGAAACAAACCCCUGUCACACGCACUGUGAUUGAUGACUGUCCAGUGACCUAACACGAGCUAUGAUUUCUCAAUGCUGGCAACCAAAAAAAUCCAGGCAUGAAUGGACGCAAUGCAAAUCCAAGGGAACACAUUUUUUCAUAACAGCCAAUCACUGAUCACAAAUGCCAACCUGCUGAGAAAAUUCAAAAGGAGACUACCCUAUGGUAAGGAUGCUAGCUCUUGCCUGCAUCGAGCACUGCUGCUGUGUCAUGGCUGCUGUAGAAUCUGCACAAUCAUCUCUCUUUUGGGUCUAUGCACUUACCACCACAGGUGUUAGUUCCUGUCCGUUUCAUUGUUCACACGUUGUACUGAGCAGCUAAACAUGGAAAUGUGGAGUGAAAUGACCGAGUUGUCACAGUCAACCCUCAAACAGUUCAAUGGUUGUCUAUGACCUAAUGAACUCAGGGGUGGAACUUGGUUUCCUGUACAGAAUUUUAUCUAAAAAGACACCAUAUUCCCAAUAAAGAAGCCACUCAACUAUGGUUUCUUUUUUCUUUUUUAAGUUUUUAGGUUUUUUUUGUUUAUGCAAAGUUUUUGAACACUAUCAGUCACAAACAUGGAUUGGAAAUAUUACAAUGGGAGGCACCAUUUUAUGCUUUGAUGUAAGAGUUUUUUCAGUGUAGUUAGGUGUGGGAAGUUAUAUAUAAAUAUAUAUCAGGUAUUCCUUUAUAGUGUCCUGGGGGAUACUGUUUAAAUUUAGGAUUUAUUUUGCUGGUUCACUUUUAUAAAUUGAAGCCCACAGAAAAAACCCCCAGUGAUUUCAGUGUACAGUGAAGUCAAGGCAAAUUUGGUUGAACCACGGUACCUUCGUGAGUACAAUCAGCUUUGUUUCUUUUAGUAUGGUAAUUCCAGUGUUUUAGUUGUUUUAAUUUGCUUAGUAGAUUCACCAGACGAGGGAGCAUGUGUCACCCAUAAACAAAAAACACUAACUGUUUCUAUGGACGAU